AUCCUCUCCGGGAUGUUUCCACUUCCUUUAGCGAGCGAAAUGAAAAGCGAGAGAGCCUGAGAAUGAAGAAUGAAGUCAAAGUGGGUGGAUUUUCGUGAAAGUGCUAGCGAACGGUUAGCUCUACCCAUCCUCCUUCCUGUUUGCUCUCCGCUAGCCCAGUCUCUUUCUACGGCAUUUGACGUCAGAUCGCAGCUGUGGCCAAUCGCAAGCACCGGGCAGCCCCCUCUGCUGCUUGACUCCACCCCUCCUUCUGCUGACAUAUAUAGCAGCGUUCCUUCUGUCUGCUCGAGUGUUGAGCGUGCUGCUCUGGAGGCAGAGCGCAGUUGCGCACGAGAACCCCAGAGAGGUUGUGAGUGAAUCACCACCGCCAGAACUCAUCCUGCGUUUCUUUCGUUUUCUCCUAGAAUUCCUAUUGAGCUCAGCGCUGAUCCCUGAGAACCAGCAGCACUGCCCGGCUGUCGUCCCACUGCCCUGCUUUCAAGAUGGGCUGCACCACUGGACGCUUCACGUGCCAACCGCAGACGAUGGCAGCCCCUAUCCCGGAGGGCCAAACGCAGGAGGGAGGACCCAAAGUCCCCGAGGUGCUGUCCUCUUUGGAGAAGCUCUCGCAAGCCACCGGUGGGAUGGAGAAGUCCUGGUACCGCUGCAUCUUUCCCUUCGGAAUCAUCUCUCUGGUGAUCGGAGUGGCCGGGACCGGGGUGACGUACACGUACAACGAUCUCCCUCAGACGAAAGUGGUGUCCAUGAUCCUGCUGAUCGUGGGGCUGGUCCUGGUGAUGAUGGCCACCGCGUGCUGGACGGCCCAUAAGAAGAAGCGCAGGAAAAAGAAAGAAGCCGGUUCCUUCAGCUCAGAACAGUGUCCCCUGUGAGCGAAUGAGCCAAGGCGGCGGAAAGAGACGCUUAGGGUUCGCCGGCUGUUUUCUUUUUCUUUUUACCAGGAUCUUCGCCCACUUGGGGAGAAUCCCGCGGAAAAUACUGGACGAGAGGGUUCACUGGAGUCACGCAUGCAGUUUGCCGUUGCUCGGCAGGUGUCUGGUAUCAAAACAAGCCCGGCGAGCGCACACACACGCAGGACAUUUAACACUUCCAGGUCCCUUGCUGCGGAGCCAGUCCUGCCGUCAACACGGCAGUCGGUCUGGCGCAUUCUUGCUGCCGCACCAUGUGAUGCCUCGGCCAAGAGAAGAAGCGGUCCAGAGGCGGCAACCGGACACCGUGGCGAAAGAGGAGUUCACCUUCGUCACCGUCGCACGUCAUUCGCCCGUCCUGUGACACUGGAGCAAUGUGUGAGCUUUUUUACGCAACGGGAGAGUGGAACUUGAACCCCUGUCUGCUAGCUAGAACCGGCAGCUGCGGAUCAAGAUAUGAGGAGGGCACGGACACGGAGAGGUCGAGAAUGCGUCCGUCUGCGUGCAUGCGUGCGUGUGUGUGUGUGUGUGUAGAUGCAGGAAUAUGAAUUAGAGAGACAGGACACCUGCUCGCCCUCUUUCGCUGUCAGACCUUUGUCAAUCGUAGCCUCUAAUGAUUUAGUGCAGGGGGCACCACCUGAUAUUAAAGACACAGAGAUACGUUCUUGGGAACUUUACAUGGUGAACAGUCUGUGGAAGAAGUUUUCCUUUGUGUGUCUGUGUGCGUGAGAGUCGAGCUGGCAAAUCCAGGGACCUCAUAUACAGUAGUUGGGAGUUCUGAGAGUAAGACAGAUAGGUCUUUUGUUCUAAACAGAAAAUUAAUUUCCUCUCAGACAGAUGAGCGGGGUUUCUAGGGUACACAAGACCGCUUGUCGAGAUUUUUUUCUCGUUCCAGUGCCUUCGCCAAUUAUAGGACUUUGCAUGGUACGGUACUUUAGAUCGGUUUUGCUCCUCUCUCUCUUUCUUCGUCUCAUCCAGUGCCAGUUUAAAGCUCCAACUCAGCUAUUUUACCAGAGAAAACUCCUCUUCUCUCUAAAACACACACAUGAAUAUGUCAUCGCUUUGACCCCGGUCACACUGGGAGGAGGUCGCAUCCUCCCUCAUACUGGGAAUAUCGCUCAUUUACAGUGCCUUGCUUUGGGAAGUGUUUGUUAUGGCUACGGUUGGCGUGUUUGAAAAAAAUGACCCUCUGGACUCUCCCUGUUUCAGAUUUGUGGGUGUUAUAUCCCCGUUUAAUAUUCAUUCUUGCCUUCAAAUAGCCUUCUUUGUUUUGUGAGAACACAUGAUAGUAAUCACACAAAACAAGGGUUUAUGUCGACGGGUUUUUCACUGAAUGCUUAUUGAUCGAGAUUUUGUGACCGUGGUAAAGAGGCUAUUUAAAAAUAGACAGCGAGGGAGAUGGUGAGAAGGACUGCAGACUGAAUGACAGAGAUAACAACCCCAACUACUUGAAAAGAGCCUGUUUUCGAGGCUGUUAGCGUGGACGUGUCUGAACCAUAUGGGAAUUUUUAUUGGUAGAUGUCGGUGGUUUAUAGUAUAAAAUAAUUUGAGUUUCUGUCUAUGUUUUGUAUCAAGUUUGUGUCUUAAAAUCGUGAAGUGUUUAAUUAGAAAUCUAUUAUUGAUGUAAAGCAAGAGUAGAAAUGAUCUUAUAAAACGUCAUUUCUGGUGCUUGAUUCUGAUUGGGCGAGCUGAGCUCUAAGUAAGGUAUAAUGUACAGGCAGCCGGUUGUUAUCGCAGAAAUAAGCCCCGACAGUGUGAUGAGGUAUCAGCCGGCUGCUUGUACAGUAUCCCGCUUAUUACACGGCUACUUGCCACAUGAGUAAAAAACUGGACAUGAAAUGUGAAUUUGAAAAUAUUUUUUUGCUAUUUUUUUCCGAAUGCAGACCUACCGCAAGAAAAAGGCGUUUACUUUCGGUUUUAAGGUAAGAAACGACUUUCAAAUGUCACAAACAGGCAUUUGGUUUAAUCAUUUGUAAAUUUCAUGUGUUAUUAAAAGACAGAUUUAGAUUUAAUUAGUCAAAAAAACCUAUCAAUAGGAUUUUUGAGUGGUUGUUAUCUGGGAAUAACGAAUCCGCAAAUGUCACGACUGGCCAAUCAGAAUCAAGCAUUCCAACCCCCAUUUAUAACUGCUGACAACAUUACAUAGCCUAAAUAUCACUUUGUUUUAUGAAACCUUGCUACGCGUAUGGCAUAACCGUUUUAUUAAAGCAAUAAGCCCCACGAGGCAGUGGGUUAC